UAGAAGAAAGAAAAAAAAGUGUUUCGCCGUGCAUACGACAUAGCUGGUGUUUUUGCGAAGCAUUUUGUCAUGUCUAAUUCUUGGGCUGAAGUUACACAAGCACAGAAGGAGAAACGAUGCGAAUUAGUUUUAUCUGGCCCUUUUUAUGAUAAACUAAUUUUAAAAGGUGGCUUGGACCCCGGCAUAUUUCAGAUAAAACAUCUGAACUUCUUAGAAAUAAGCAAAACAAGUUUAAAGGACUUACCCAGUGAUGUGGGCGAAUUAGUAAAUUUAACAAGAAUGGUUGUCUGUAGUAAUGCAUUGAUAGCCUUGCCUCCUGAAAUUGGUAAGCUUAAGAAACUAAAGUAUUUAGAUGUGUCUCAUAACAAAAUAGCUGAAUUGCCGUCGCAGUUAUGUGAAUUAACAGAUCUACAGUCCUUAAAUGUGAGCACCAACAAGCUAUCAAGCCUUCCAACUCUGAAUGAAAAGUCAAAUCUGGUAACUUUAAACAUUAGUUACAAUAAUUUUUCUGUAUUUCCUGUCAACAUAUGUGAUGCAAAAUUAAAACAUUUUACCGAUUUGUUAGCCAAUAAUAAUGAUAUUUCUGCAAUACCACCAGAAAUAGAGCAUUUGAGCAGUUUAAAAGUUUUGGAUUUAGGAGAAAAUGCACUAGUUACUCUACCAGGUGAACUAGGUAGCUGCACCAAGAUAAAGGAACUGAAUUUGAAAGGAAAUCCUUUGAAAGAUAACCGUUUAAACAAAUUACUUCAACAGUGUCAUGUAAAGCAAGUUAUGGAAUACAUAAGACAGCAUUACCCAAAAGUAAAUGCUGAAAAUAAUAACAAGCAAGCAAAAUCCAAGAAGAAAACAAAGCAAAACAAAAAGGUGGAAAUAGAAGAGGAAGGAUAUGCUGACGUGCUUGAUGAAUUAAAAGUGCUUCAUGUAAGUGAUGAAACCUUGAAAGUUAUAACAACACCGAAAGUUGUUGACGUACGACCUUAUAUAGUUUGCUGUAAAGUUCUGAAUGUCAAUUUAAGUGAUGGCAGCCUCCUGAAAAAAUUUAUUACAUUACAAACGAAACUUCAUGACAGUAUUUGUGAAAAAAGAACAGCAGGCACAAUUGCUACGCAUGAUAUUGGAAAAAUACAAGGCGAUUUAAUUUAUGAUGCCAAGCCACCUCAAGAAAUAAAGAUAACUCCUUUGAACCGAAAGAAGGAGCUAACUGCAGCUGAACUAUACACACAGUUAAAUGAUGAAGCUGAUGCCAUACGUAAAGAAAAAAAGAAAAACACUUAUUCUGGAAUACAUAAAUAUUUGUACCUACUGAAGGAUAAGCAGUUGUAUCCCUGUUUAACAGAUUCAUCGGGCACAGUGAUAUCAUUCCCUCCUAUUACAAACAGUGAUGCAACUAAGAUAUCAAGUGAUACAAAGUCUAUGCUUCUAGAAGUAACAGGCAACAAUUUAAAUACCUGCAAAAAAGUUAUGGACCGCUUGUUAGAAGAAAUAUUAAAACUUGGCAUUGGUAAUUCGCUGAAAGAUGUUGAAGGAGAUAUGGAUGAAAGACAGCAGAAUAUUCUAUCAGUUCAGCAGAUUAAAAUUGUGGAUGAAGAAGGGCAGUUGAAAGUUGUAUAUCCAUCAAGGACUGAUAUUCAAAUAGAGAAUAUUUCAGUCACACGUACUUGAAUGCCAUUAAAGUAUUGUAUGCAGAUAAAACUGUUAAUGCUAUAUGAUUAAAUAAAUAAAAUAUGCAUUUUUAGU